AUGCCUUCUCCAACUUCGUACCGUUCCGCGGACCCGCCAAGCUCCCCAGCGAAUGAUUCCGAUUCAGACCUCGAUCUCGACAUCCAGGAGCUCGAUCCUGCGACUACGACUACCCACCGCAGCCCUGGACUCAUCCGCAGCGACCGCCAGACCACUGAACAUCGAUCGCCACGUAUAGCACUGCGAAACCUACGUAUGGGGGGCUCACGUCGGGCCGGGCAGAAGGCCAGAGGGUAUGGAGAGCUGGGCAAGAACCGCGACGACGACAGCGACGAUGGAGAAGCCCUUUUGGGCGAAUCCGAGGGCUCCUCAUCACGAUAUAGGGAUGGCAGAGGAUCCGACGAUGACGACUCGCCUCUCCUGCCGGGCGGAUCGCCUGCGAGGCGCCGUUCGUUUGCUGGGGAUAAGUUCGAACGUCUGAAGUCGGGUUUACGAUUGCCCAGCUUCAUGUCGAAUUCAGGGGCGCAGGAGGCAAACAACAACGACGACGAAGACCAGGACGAGGACGACCCAUCGACAUCCCGCCUUGUCGCCGUAGGGUCGUCCCAGUCGACGAGAUUUCCCCCGAACCUGAUAUCGAACGCCAAGUACACGGCCCUCUCGUUCCUGCCCGUCACUCUCUACAACGAAUUCUCCUUCUUCUUCAACAUGUACUUUCUGCUGGUAGCUCUGUCGCAAGCAAUUCCAGCGUUGCGAAUCGGCUACCUUUCGACUUAUAUUGCACCUUUGGCGUUUGUGUUGAUGAUCACCAUGGGCAAGGAGGCAUACGACGACAUUGAGAGACGACGUAGAGAUAACGAGGCGAACGCGGAGGAAUACACCAUUCUCACUUUUGACGAGCCCGGUCGUGUUAUGGCUUCGCACCGAUCCCACAAGAGACUCAAGUCGGAUUCGAUGAGGAGGGGCAAGAACUCGGUGAACAGCCGGGACAGACUGUCGGAUAUCCAGGAAGAGGAGGAGCGAGCAGAAGCAGAUGGGGGCCUCCCUCCGCCGUCGUCAUCUGUGCGCGAAGUCGUCCGAAAGUCUCGGGAUCUCAAGGUCGGCGAUGUUCUCAAACUCGGUAAAGGUCAGCGAGUCCCUGCCGAUGUGGUCAUUUUGAAAUGCAUCAGUGCGGAAUCUACCACCGCGGCCCCUGUGAUGGAGACCAUUGCGGAGGAGGAAUCCUUGUUGGUUGAUACAGACGAAGAGCAUUCGAAGGAUUCGUCUGACGCAAAGGGCAAGGAAGCAGAGAAGAACGAUGGGAGUGGCGGCAAUGCGUCUGGCGAGACAUUCAUCAGAACUGAUCAGCUCGACGGUGAAACGGAUUGGAAGUUGCGGCUGGCAUCACCUCUGUCCCAGUCGCUAUCAACGGAAGAAUUUGUUCGCCUCCGUGUCACCGGAGGCAAGCCCGACAAAAAGGUCAACGAAUUUAUAGGCACUGUCGAGCUCUUGUCUUCCAGAAGAGAUGCUCAAAAUCAACAAGGAGCGCUCGAUGGGGAUGAAGGAACUUCUGCACCUCUAUCGAUCGACAAUACAGCCUGGGCAAACACGGUAAUCGCCUCCAGUGGGACGACUCUGGCGGUCAUCAUGUACACUGGUCCUCAGACAAGGUCCGCCCUGUCUACAGCUCCCUCACGAUCCAAGACUGGUCUCUUGGAGUACGAGAUCAACUCUCUCACAAAGAUUCUCUGUGCUCUGACCCUGGCCCUAUCCGUUAUUUUGGUCGCUCUGGAGGGUUUCUCGAAUACCGAGGGCAACGUCUGGUACAUCAAGAUCAUGCGGUUUUUGGUUCUUUUUUCGACCAUCGUACCCAUCAGUCUACGUGUCAACCUCGACAUGGGCAAGAGUGCGUACUCUUGGUUCAUCCAACGAGAUCCGGGUAUUCCUGGGGCUGUUGUCCGAACGAGUACGAUUCCCGAAGACUUGGGCAGAAUCGAGUACUUGCUCAGUGACAAGACGGGAACCUUGACUCAAAACGAAAUGGAGAUGAAGAAGAUUCAUGUCGGUACUGUUUCAUACGCCAACGAAGCCAUGGACGAAGUCAACUCCUAUGUUAAGCAAGCUUUCCACAUCCAACCUGCCACCGAUCCUUCGACACGCACAGCUCUCGUCACGCCCUCCUCUCAGGUGUCCAGCUCGGUAAACGUCGGUGCUACUCGUACAAGAAGAGAAAUUGGUUCCCGUGUGCGAGACGUUGUUCUUGCACUGGCUCUGUGUCACAACGUCAUCCCGACUACAGAAGAGGAAGAUGGCAAGACAGUCGUCUCGUAUCAGGCGUCCUCCCCUGACGAGAUUGCAAUUGUUCGAUGGACCGAGUCUGUUGGUCUUCGUCUGGCUUAUCGUGACCGAAAGAGUAUGGUUCUGGAGUCGACAGAUACUGGCCGUGAAGUUGUGCGGGUGCGCAUUCUGGACGUCUUCCCCUUUACAUCUGAAGGGAAGCGCAUGGGCAUCAUCGUUCAGUUCUACGAACAGGCUCAAGCCGCGCCUCCCAAUCUGGCCGACAGCGAAAUCUGGUUUUAUCAAAAGGGUGCCGAUACGGUCAUGAGCGCUAUCGUAGCCGAGAACGAUUGGCUUGACGAGGAAACCGCCAACAUGGCCCGUGAAGGUCUUCGCACGCUUGUCGUUGGACGCAAGCGCCUGUCUUAUGAGCAGUACCAGGAGUUCUCCUCAAGCUUUCAGGCAGCUUCCUUGGCUAUUACUGGACGCGACGCAGGCAUGCAGCGAGUUGUUUCUCAUCAUUUGGAGCGCGGCCUGGAGCUUCUCGGCGUCACCGGUGUCGAGGAUAAGCUGCAAAAGGACGUCAAGCCUUCGCUGGAGCUGCUGAGAAACGCCGGGAUCAAGAUCUGGAUGUUGACAGGUGACAAGGUUGAAACCGCGCGUUGCGUUGCCGUCAGCUCCAAGCUGGUCGCUCGCGGGCAGUACAUCUAUACGGUCGCCAAGCUUAAGAAGAAGGACAACGCUCAAGACCACCUGGAUUUCCUCCGCGGCAGGACAGAUUCAUGUCUUCUCAUCGACGGCGAGAGUUUGGCCCUGUUCCUUACCCACUUCGGAAUCGAGUUCGUUUCUGUCGCCGUCCAGCUUCCCACCGUGGUCGCUUGCCGUUGCUCGCCGACCCAAAAGGCCGAGGUAGCGAAGCUGAUCAAGGAGUACACCAGGAAGCGAGUUUGCUGUAUCGGAGAUGGAGGCAACGAUGUCUCCAUGAUUCAAGCGGCAGAUGUCGGUGUCGGUAUUGUGGGCAAGGAGGGUCGUCAGGCCAGUUUGGCUGCUGAUUUCUCCAUUGACCAGUUUUUCCACCUGACCAAGUUGCUGGUUUGGCACGGACGAAACAGCUACAAGAGGAGUGCUAAGCUCGCUCAGUUUGUUAUUCACCGUGGUUUGAUCAUCGCUGUCUGCCAAACGAUGUACAGCAUCGCCAUCAAGUUCGAGCCAGACGGUCUUUACAAGGACUGGCUUCUCGUGGGAUACGCCACAUUGUACACCAUGUUCCCUGUUCUGUCCCUCGUUCUGGACAAGGACGUCGACGAGGAUCUCGCAAACCUGUACCCCGAACUGUACAAGGAACUUACAUCCGGACGAUCCCUCUCUUACCGCACUUUCUUCGUCUGGGUUCUCGUGUCCAUCUACCAAGGUUGCACCAUCCAAGGCCUGUCACAGAUUCUCACCUCCGUCGAUGGCCCCAGGAUGGUGGCCGUGUCGUACACCGUUCUGGUGCUCAACGAACUCAUCAUGGUUGCCAUUGAGAUCACUACGUGGCAUCCUCUCAUGAUCCUCUCCAUCGUCGGCACGUUCCUGAUCUACGUCGGGUCCGUGCCGUUCCUCGGCGGGUACUUUGACCUCCAAUUCAUCAUCACCUUGUAA